UUAUGGCUCAUUCAAAGACGAGAGCCAACGAUGGAAAAAUCACAUAUCCUCCAGGAGUCAAAGAAAUCUCUGAUAAAAUAUCUAAAGAAGAGAUGGUGAGAAGGCUAAAGAUGGUUGUGAAAACUUUCAUGGAUAUGGACCAGGACUCUGAAGAAGAAAAGGAGCUCUACCUAAAUCUUGCUUUACAUCUUGCUUCGGAUUUUUUCCUCAAACAUCCUGAUAAGGAUGUACGUUUGUUAGUAGCAUGUUGUCUUGCUGAUAUUUUCAGAAUUUAUGCCCCUGAAGCUCCGUACACUUCACCAGAUAAACUAAAGGAUAUAUUUAUGUUCAUAACAAGACAACUUAAGGGUUUAGAAGAUACAAAAAGCCCCCAGUUUAAUCGAUAUUUUUAUUUGCUUGAGAACAUUGCUUGGGUCAAGUCUUAUAACAUAUGCUUUGAAUUAGAAGACAGCAAUGAGAUUUUUACACAAUUGUACAGAACGCUGUUUUCAGUAAUAAACAAUGGUCAUAACCAAAAGGUACACAUGCACAUGGUUGAUCUAAUGAGCUCUAUCAUUUGUGAGGGAGAUACUGUGUCGCAGGAACUUUUGGAUACGGUGUUAGUUAAUCUAGUGCCAGCACAUAAGAAUUUAAACAAGCAAGCCUAUGAUUUGGCAAAGGCUUUACUGAAGAGGACAGCACAAGCAAUUGAACCGUACAUUACUAAUUUCUUCAAUCAGGUCCUCAUGCUUGGUAAAACGUCAAUUAGUGACCUGUCAGAGCAUGUGUUUGACUUGAUUCUGGAGUUAUACAAUAUUGACAGUCACCUCUUGCUUUCUGUUCUACCACAGCUUGAAUUCAAACUUAAGAGCAAUGACAAUGAAGAACGCCUGCAGGUUGUAAAACUUCUAGCAAAAAUGUUUGGGGCGAAAGAUUCGGAGUUGGCAUCUCAAAACAAACCACUUUGGCAGUGCUACCUGGGGAGGUUUAAUGAUAUACAUGUACCCAUUCGUCUUGAAUGUGUGAAAUUUGCAAGUCACUGCCUUAUGAACCAUCCUGACCUAGCAAAAGACUUAACAGAAUAUCUUAAAGUAAGGUCACAUGAUCCUGAAGAGGCCAUAAGGCAUGAUGUUAUAGUAUCCAUAGUUACUGCUGCUAAAAAAGAUCUUUUGCUUGUCAAUGAUCACCUGCUUAAUUUUGUCAGAGAACGAACACUGGACAAGCGGUGGAGAGUGAGGAAGGAAGCUAUGAUGGGACUUGCACAGAUAUACAAGAAAUAUUCAUUACAAUCAGAAGCAGGAAAAGAAGCUGCAAAACAGAUAUCAUGGAUCAAAGAUAAACUUCUGCAUAUAUAUUACCAAAACAGUAUUGAUGACCGAUUACUUGUUGAACGCAUCUUUGCUCAGUACAUGGUCCCUCACAACUUGGAAACAAAUGAACGAAUGAAAUGUUUAUAUUACCUUUACGCAACACUGGAUUCAAAUGCUGUGAAAGCAUUGAAUGAAAUGUGGAAAUGUCAAAAUCUGCUACGACAUCAAGUAAAGGAUUUAGUUGACCUGAUAAAACAACCCAAAACAGAUGCCAGCAGUAAAGCUAUAUUCUCAAAAGUGAUGGUUAUAACAAGAAACCUUCCUGAUCCAGGGAAAGCUCAAGAUUUCAUGAAAAAGUUCACACAAGUUCUAGAAGAUGAUGAAAAAAUAAGAAGCCAGUUAGAAAUGCUUGUUAGCCCAACAUGUUCUUGCAAACAGGCUGAAGGAUGUGUGAGGGAAAUAACAAAGAAGUUGGGCAAUCCAAAACAACCAACAAAUCCUUUCCUGGAAAUGAUAAAGUUUCUUCUUGAGAGAAUUGCUCCUGUGCACAUUGAUACUGAAUCCAUCAGUGCCCUUAUCAAGCAAGUAAACAAGUCUAUAGAUGGAACAGCUGAUGAUGAAGAUGAGGGUGUACCUACUGACCAGGCAAUCAGAGCAGGUCUUGAAUUGCUUAAGGUACUUUCAUUUACACACCCUAUCUCGUUUCAUUCAGCUGAAACUUUCGAAUCUCUCCUGGCUUGCUUGAAAAUGGAUGAUGAAAAGGUGGCAGAAGCUGCGUUACAAAUUUUCAAAAACACAGGAAGUAAAAUUGAAGAAGACUUUCCUCAUAUACGGUCUGCUCUGCUUCCAGUGUUGCACCAUAAAGCUAAAAAGGGACCCCCUCGUCAAGCCAAGUAUGCUAUUCACUGCAUCCAUGCGAUAUUUUCCAGCAAAGAAACGCAGUUUGCACAGAUAUUUGAGCCACUGCAUAAAAGUCUGGAUCCAAGCAAUUUUGAGCAUCUCAUUACGCCGUUGGUUACUAUUGGCCAUAUAGCCAUGCUAGCACCUGAUCAGUUUGCUGCCCCUUUGAAAUCUUUGGUUGCUACUUUUAUUGUUAAAGAUUUGCUAAUGAAUGAUAGGCUUCCAGGAAAAAAGACAACAAAACUUUGGGUCCCGGAUGAAGAAGUGUCUCCUGAAACACUUGUUAAAAUUCAGGCCAUCAAGAUGAUGGUUCGAUGGUUGCUAGGAAUGAAGAACAACCACAGCAAGUCAGGAACUUCUACUCUGAGGUUGCUAACAACAAUACUACACAGUGAUGGAGAUUUAACAGAGCAGGGGAAAAUUAGUAAACCCGAUAUGUCUCGGUUGAGGCUGGCUGCAGGGAAUGCUAUUGUGAAGUUGGCACAAGAACCUUGUUACCAUGAAAUCAUCACCUUAGAACAGUACCAGCUGUGUGCGCUGGCCAUAAAUGAUGAAUGUUACCAAGUGAGACAAAUAUUUGCUCAGAAACUUCACAAAGGCCUUUCUAGACUGCGGCUGCCACUAGAAUAUAUGGCUAUUUGUGCACUGUGUGCAAAAGAUCCUGUGAAAGAGAGAAGAGCUCAUGCUAGGCAGUGCCUUGUGAAGAACAUAAAUGUCAGAAGGGAAUACCUGAAGCAACAUGCAGCAGUUAGUGAGAAACUGUUGUCACUUCUACCAGAGUAUGUUGUUCCUUAUACUAUCCAUCUUCUAGCUCAUGACCCAGAUUAUGUCAAAGUCCAGGACAUUGAACAACUCAAGGACAUUAAAGAGUGCCUGUGGUUCAUACUGGAAAUAUUGAUGGCUAAAAAUGAAAAUAACAGUCACGCGUUUAUCAGAAAAAUGGUAGAAAAUAUCAAACAGACUAAGGACGCUCAAGGACCAGAUGAUCCAAAAAUGAAUGAAAAGCUAUACACAGUCUGUGAUGUAGCAAUGAAUAUCAUUAUGUCAAAGAGUACAACAUACAGUUUGGAAUCCCCUAAAGACCCUGUACUUCCAGCCAGAUAUUUUACUCAACCUGACAAGAAUUUCAGUAACACCAAAAAUUAUCUUCCUCCGGAAAUGAAGUCUUUUUUCACUCCUGGAAAGCCCAAAGCAGCCAAUGUUCUUGGAGCAGUUAAUAAGCCUCUUUCGUCAGCAGGCAAGCAGUCUCAAUCCAAAUCUUCACGAAUGGAAACUGUAAGCAAUGCCAGCAGCAGUUCAAAUCCAAGCUCUCCAGGAAGGAUCAAAGGGAGGCUUGACAGCACUGAAAUGGACCACAGUGAAAAUGAAGAAUUCGCACUGGCUUCGCCCUUACCAGGAAAGAAAACUGACAAAAGGGACGACUCUGAUCUUGUAAGGUCAGAGGUGGAGAAGCCUAGAGGAAGGAAGAAAGCAGCUAUCACAGAUUCAGAAGAGAAACUAAGCAUAGAGGACCUGAAUAAACUGGGUCAAGAGCAGAAACUUAGAGGUAGUCAACGGGGAAGGAAGAGACCUGCAGUUGUUUCAGAAUCUGAUGAAACACAAUGGCAAGAGGAAAAAAGGCUAAAAGAAGAUGUAAUAGAAAGUGAGGAUGAACAGAACAGUCCACCAAAGAAAGGGAGAAGAGGACGCCCUCCCAAAGCAAAUAAUGGGGGAACACCAAAGGAAGAACCAGUAGCAAAGUCAUCAAAAAGGAGCAAAAAAAAACAACCGCCAGCAGCUGCAGCAGAAGAGGAGGAGGAAGAGGAAGAAAGGCAAACUGAAAACAUUGAACAAAAACCAAAAGGCAGGCAAAAUAGGACACCGAAAAGAACACAGCAGAGAGCAGAACCAUCUGAAACUAGUACAGUUGAAUCAGCACAGUCUACGCCACAGAAAAGACGAGGAAGGCCAUCAAAAACACCACCAUCACAGCAAAAAAAAGUCCGUGCGGGACGUUCCAAACAAGCAGCCAGUAAAGAGAAUGAAUCUAGUGAAGAGAUGGACGUAUUUCAGAGUAGUUCACCUGUCAGUGAUGACAUUCCCCAGGAAGAAGUAAUGGAAGAAGAGGAAGUUUCCACAAUCAAUGUCCGUCGCAGAACUUCCAAAAGGGAAAGGCGAUGAGUGAGCAUGUAGUUAUCAGCCUUCCAGGUGAAAGCUUUGAAGAAUGCUUUUAAUAUAAAGCUUGAGACUGAAUGAAGCUGUUAGUGCACAAAUGGGGUUGCUGAAAAAAGACAAAACCUAUUUUACUUUUUCUGCCCCUGCAUUUGCAGUCCCUAGGUCACAAGCUUUAGCCACACACAUGUUGAUAUCAUUAACUGUGGAUUUUUGUGAAGUGUAAUGUGCGCUGGCUUUGUAGACAUAUGAACUAAAGAAGAAAACUGUAAAUAGUUCUUUUUUUAAUGUUUCUGACUUCUAAAGUGCUUGUAUAGCUUUUAUCUGCGGCUUUAAACUGACAGUACCCCACUGUUUAUUGGAUCUAUUGAUUUAAAAAAGAACAGAGUUUGAAAAUUAUCUCAAGCAAUAUCUGCCAGUGUUUGUAUUUGUACUCUUGUUGACAUUUAACUGUGAAAAAAAAAUCAGUUGAACAAAUAGUGCCACUUUCUUUUGCCGCUAUUUGUUGAGAAGAAGAAAAGAAAAACGGUCUUUGUUUCCUUCAUGAAUCUAACCUAGUGUUUACCUUUUAGGCACCUACCUAUCAUCAGAGGUGCUAAAUUACUUUCUUUUACAGUUGAACAAUGUUGGAUAGAAUAAUACAAGAGAUGCAAAUUGUGUAAGAAGUUGUUUGACUUGUUUUACACCUCAGUAUUGAUGCCAGACUUUUCUGGACUUCUAGUGGCAUUGAAAAUUCAAAAAGGAUUUAAAAUAUUUUAAUUUUAAAAGUGUGUUAUUAAAUAAUGUACUGAAUACCCUACCCAUUUUAUCUUCCCCUAUCAGUUUUUAUUAAUCUACUGUAUCAAUAAAAUUCUGUAACUGAG